CUCUCGCUUGUUGCUUUACCACCUGAGACUCAAAGAGAGAGAGAGAGAGAGAAAGAGAGAGAGAGAGAGACCACCUCUCUCUGUGCUGCGUCCACCCAGCGCGGCGGCGGUGAGCUCAUCGGCGCCGCCGCCGCCUCGGUCGACCACGGGGUCACCACUCCUUCACGUACGCCGGUGUACGGCGGCUCGCUUCGACGGAGCAGGAGCAGGCGCUCCUGACCUGAUCAUCCGGACAUCAAGUAGGUAAAAGAACCCAACUUUGCACCCUAGCACAUGAUUAAAAUGCGUCUUUGAUGCGUUCUGCGCGUAAAAAACGAAGCUUUUUUUUUUCUCUUCUGUGUCCGUCCGCGUGUAUGUGUUUUGAAUCAAAUCCGGCCUCAAGAAACCAGCGGUGUUUGCAGGGACGAGCUCAGGCAGGGCAGGAUCGAUCGGAUCGUGAUUCAUUUGGUUUCUUCAGAUCGUGUCUCUGCUCCCACGCACACUAGCUCCACACUUGACACCACUCAACGCGCGCGGCGCCAAGAUAAUCCUCCUCCUCCUCCUCAAUUCCUCAUCGUGCUCAUCAAUCUGUUCCCGACCUCAUACGGACAUCAAACACUUGUAUAUUUCACUCACUCGGGGCUGCUACUGAGUCCCAUUACAAAAGGCGUGGUGCUUUAUCUAUCCCCAAGGAGGAUUUUGAGGUGACUUUAUCCAUUGAUGACUACGUCAGCCAGUACAAUAAGAUGAUUUCAGGAGAGCUCGGAACAGAACCAGGUGGAGGUAGAGGUCAAAGCCGAAUGCAUGUGGCACUAAGAGUGCUACAAGAAAUUGGUAUUGCUGCAGAAGAUCCUGGCCUUGAGGGCAUGCGCUAUAAAAUCUAUAACUGGAAGAUGAUUAACAAGGAGGAUGUUAAAUUCAAGGAAAUUGCCGAAGAGAUCGGGAUAAAAGCUAGGGUCAUGGCUGCAGGAUUCAAGAUAUCUAGCAACUUCAGGACCACCAAGCCAGGCGAGAUUUACUCCUACGAGCCUAACAAGAGGGAGAAAAACGAGGAUGGAGUCACACGUUCCCAUUGUGUCCUGGUGGUCGGAUUUGGGCGACGAGAGGGGCAAGAGUACCUGGUGUAUCAGAAUAGUGCUGGCAUAGAGUUUGGAGAGGAGGGCUUUGGCCGUGUCUAUCUCAAGGACGUGCUGAGGAUGGCAACCUUGAACGUCAUUUGAUGUUGAUCGAUAUAUUGUAUGAUUCAUGGUUGUGUGUCCUGAUAGCUAGGUGCCUUCUGAACUUUGAUCAGUACUGGAUUA